GGUCACACACUGAUGCUCAGGGCUGAGGCUGUGACGUAGGUACUGUUUCUGGUCUUCCUGAGGGUCCCCUCCACUCCAUCAGGUACCAGAAGGCAUCACACCUGCUCGCACCCAGAGAUCCCUCCCGAGGAGAUCGCCGAACUCUGGGCCCCGAUCACCCAGCAGAAGACUUUGCUGCUACACCCGGACUUCCUAGUGAGGUACCUGGAAAGAAGAGCUUGACUCACCAGGUCCACACGGAUCCUGUCAGCACGACUACUACUUAGGAGGCUCCUUGGGGAGAGCAAGAUGGCUGUCAAUGGCACUGCCCUAUUGUUGGUCAAUGUGACCUACAUCACCGUGGAGAUUCUCAUCGGGCUCUGUGCCAUAGUGGGCAAUGUGCUGGUCAUCUGGGUGGUCAAGCUGAACCCCAGCCUGCAGACCACCACCUUCUAUUUCAUCGUCUCCCUGGCCCUGGCUGACAUUGCUGUUGGGGUGCUGGUCAUGCCUUUGGCCAUUGUCAUCAGCCUGGGCAUCACAAUCCACUUUUAUAACUGCCUUUUCAUGACCUGCCUGCUGCUGAUCUUCACCCACGCCUCCAUCAUGUCCUUGCUCGCCAUUGCUGUGGACCGAUACCUGCGGGUCAAGCUCACGGUCAGAUACAGGAGGCUCACCACUCAAAGAAGAAUAUGGUUGGCCCUGGGCCUUUGCUGGCUGGUGUCAUUCCUGGUGGGACUGACCCCCAUGUUUGGCUGGAACAUGAAACUGACCUCGGAACACUACAGAAAUGUCACCUUCCUUUCAUGCCGGUUCCGUUCAGUCAUGACGAUGGACUACAUGGUCUACUUCAGCUUCUUCACUUGGAUUUUAAUCCCCCUGGUUGUCAUGUGUGCCAUCUAUCUUGACAUAUUCUAUGUCAUCCGGAACAAACUCAAUCAGAGCUUUUCGAGCUCCAAAGAGACAGGCACGUUUUACGGACGGGAGUUCAAGACGGCCAAGUCUCUGUUUCUGGUUCUCUUCCUGUUUGCUUUGUCCUGGUUGCCUUUAUCCAUCAUCAACUGUAUCACCUACUUCCAUGGCGAAGUGCCACAAAUUAUGCUGUACUUGGGCAUUUUGCUCUCCCACGCUAACUCCAUGAUGAACCCUAUUGUCUAUGCUUAUAAAAUAAAGAAGUUCAAAGAAACCUAUGUUUUGAUCUUCAAAACCUGUAUGAUCUGCCAGUCCUCUGAUUCCUUGGACCCAAGCACUGAUCAGACUUCUGGGUAGUGAUCCACGAAAGACCACUCUUUAUCCCAUUGACCUUCGGAUUCAACAUCAGUAAACACUUGAAGACCUCUCCAGUUGAGCCAAGGGCUUUCAUGUCCUUAAUUCCUUCUACUGAGGUGAGGAGCAUUUGACUGGCUGCCUCCAGUUGGAACCCCCUGACACUCCUCUCCAUUAUCCAAUUUUUUCCUUGUCUUUCUUCUGAUUCUAUGUUCUGGACGCCUGACUUGGAGAAAGUAUUCUACUGUUACUACUGCCUCCAGGUUUGGGAAGAAGUCAAGGAAUCUGAAGGAUGCUUUGUUGACUUACUGAUGAAAGGUCCCGAUCUGUCUGGAUAUGUGGAGUGGGGACUCAGCCCCUCUCUGUCGUGGAACUAAGCAGAGAACCUUAUGCCAGCAGAUCCUGCAGAGAUGGUGGGAACAGAGUUUAACAAAGGGGGACUUAAACUGCUGAAU